UGUCAAACUUGGUCAACGUGUUUUUGUUGCUUUUCUAAAUAUCUCAUUAAUUUAGGCCAGAAACAUGUAUAAAUUUAUAAUUACGCCAUCACAGCAUCACUAUUUAGUUCAUUUACUAUGACUUAUCUUAUUAAAUAAUGUGACAACUGAUUUCUCUCGUGUGAAACAUCACUGAAAACUCAUAUCACCAUGUCCACGAGAAGAGCACGGAUAAAAGCUGUGACUUCCUUACCGCCCAGAAGAAAAAAUGCUGAUACUGCUGAUAAAAAUAAACAGGAAGUAGAGAAAACUAUAAAAAGUCCAAGAACUCCUCGUUCAUCUAAUAAAAAUAACGAAAAUUUACAGAAAACAUCUCCUGGACCUAAACCACUGCCUCCUUUAUUGCCUCUUCAGGCCGUGUCACCAAAACUAGUAAAUACAUCUUCACCUCAAAAUAAGACAACCAAGGCGUCUACACCUACUGUAUUAAAAAUUAUUAAGUUUCCUGAUAAAGUUCCAGUUAUUACUACUACAUCUGCAUUCAAAGCUAAUGUUUUUGCAUCGCCCCAAGCAGUAAAGAGCAGCCCCGAUAGAAAACAUAUUGCAUCACUUAUAAUACCCUCACCAAAAAGAAAUAUUCAUAGACCGACUGUAUCACAAUUAGAAAAACUAGAUAAAGAUGUUUGUGAUAGUGGUAGUGAAGACUUCCAGAGAGAGAACAGGUCAGAAAGUGAUAAUGUUGCAUCAGGACUAGGGGAGAACAAGAGUGAUGUACCAGAUGAUUAUAGUGUGCCCAGUGUACCAGAAAGUGUCACAGAUGAAGCUGUCAUGGAUGGUAUUGUUCCCUUGCAGCCCACCCGCAGUGCACCAAAGCCUAUAGAUUUGUUGAAAAACGAAAUUAUAUCGGAAGACGCAAAGGUCCUUUUUGAUCCCAUUGUGCCUCUGCCUUCCCCAAGCAAAGUGAGACCUAAACUCCGUCCUGUACCAAGAUUAGGUCCACAUAGAAGAAACAGUAUCCAGGGUAGUGCUAGUGAAUCUGAAGAUGAAACUCGUAGAGCACUCCUGGGCAGCGGCAGUGUGACGCCAGCUCCGCCGCGGCAGCGCCACGACUCGCACACAUCGCACAUCACACUGCAAUCAUUAGUCAGCAGAGACGUAAGCAGAGUACGUAAUGACUCUGUUUGCUCAAGUGUGAGUGUCGCGACAGUACCACCGACGACGGCAGCCUCGCCUACCAAGGAGAAGCACAUAUCCAAAUCCCGUCGACAUGAAAUGAAUCGCCGCAUGACAGCAAUGCGCCGCCGCCGCGAGACCGUACAGCGUGACAAACUCACUAUGUACGACCUGAUAUUCUACAAUCCCACCACAAACCCCAUUGUCCCAACUCAAGAUGAGCUUAAAGUAAAGGAAGCAAAUGAGAAAGAGGUCGAUAGAAAGGUAAAAGAAGCUGAAGAAGUAGACCCCGACGAUCCGCCGGAGCCGGCAGAGUCCGCCGCACCCGUUCCUCAGAUCAAGCUCGGUCCGAAUGGCGAGAUUGUGCUCGACGAACAAAGUUUGGUGAUAAAACAAACGAAAGACCGCGUAAUCUCGUCGGUGGUGCACGAAGGGGCGUGGUCUGGAGGGGGGAGAUACUCGCGUGCGGCCCGAGCCGCAGAUUGGAGCGAAUCAGAAACCGUACGGUUCUACCGCGCGCUCGCAGCCAUCGGCACCGACUUCUCUCUGAUGGCGCCGCUGUUUCCGGGUCGCACUAGGAGGGAGCUCAAGACUAAGUUCAAGAAGGAGGAGCGGCUGAACUGCGCCCAAGUGGACAAAGCGCUGCGGUCGGUGACGCGCUGGGACGUGGUGCAGCUGCAGCAGGAGUUCAGUGACGAGCGCGCCGCCGCCGAGGAAGGGGCGCGGGUUCGACGCCACGAACUCGCUCGUGCUCGCCGCGCGGAGCGGCGACGGCAGCGCGUCGCACACGACUUCCAGAUGCGAUAUAGUAAAAGUUCGAAAGCUCUGGAAACUUCCGUGUCGUCGAACCACAAUGACCCUCGUUCUGUGGACGACCUGUUACGAGACUCCCUCAGUGAAAAGAGGCAGUCGGCUGCCACUCCUACACGGCAGAAAUCUGGUUUGACAACGUUCAAUUUAAUUAGUAGUCCGAAUUAUAUGGAUGGUAUCGAGCCUACUUGCGCAAACGAUCUUAUAAAAAUGGCAAUGCAAGCUAAUCGACAAAGAACAAAAUCGGAGCAAAGCAAUCACUCCAACAUACAAACACCGAAGCCAAAUAACGUCCCGCUAGCCAGAGCUGAACAAAUCGGACAUCCAAGUACACGAACACCGAAAUCAAAUUACGCAACAUUGACCACUGUAAAUAACUAUCCAAAGCAUCUGGGUAAAUCGAAUGUAGAAAUAGCGUCUAUAUCACGAACGGAUACACCGCAGCUCUCGGUUAAGACUCCAGAAAUUAUAAAUUCCUUACCGACUACGCCAACAAAUAUAGAGACAGGAUCACUUGUAGUGUUAACUGUCAAUGACCCAAAAUCACCUACAAAGAAGAUGCUGCAAACUUAUAUUGCUCAUGGUGGUGGAAGACUGACUCCCGUCGAGUUACCUCCAUCAAUAUUAAGCUCCGUAGUAGGCUAUAUGAAGAAAGGGACGCCUAGAAGCAAUGCGUCGACUACGCCGUCACCUCAACUGAUGUCACCUAAUAGUGUUACAAGCCAAGACAGUCGGACUAGUGGCAACCCAAGUGUUAUCAAAGUGAAUCCAAGUCCCGCAAAGAAACAAAGACAUAGUUCCUUUACUAUAACACAGCUUUAAUUUAUGAUCUAUAUUGUAAGAUUUUCUUUUUAAUGUUAAGUUAUAAUAAUAUGCAUGCAUUUGCAAUAUAAAAUGCCAUCUGCAUAUACUUUAAAUAAAACAGAAAUAGUUUUAAUCUAUUUUAGAAGCUACCGUUAAUUUGAAAUACCGUGAAUUUGUGAAAAAAUUAAAUACCAAUUUAAAUAAAAAUAUGGGAUGAGAUGUAAAAGGAUGACUAAUAAACUAUAUGUCGUUUAGCUACAUGAACAUAUUGAGUAACUUACAAAACGAAUGAAUAAACAUAGAGAUGUCUUUUUGGAAAUCGAUUAAAAAUUGAAAAGUUUUCGUUAUGACAAGGAAAGAUGAAUUUCGAAUUAAGCAUAUAAUACUUGAGACAUGUUAACAAAGUUUCUUAUUGACAUACCAUAACGACGUACUAAUGGCAUUUUCUAUUGUAAAUACUCUUUAAGAUAAUAUAUAUAGUGUACCUAAAACCCAAUAGCCAAUUAAUGUAGACCCUUCGUCCAUAUAGUCGACAAUGAUGGGUACUUGAUUUUAUUCGAUUGUUAUGGCUCUGGAACAGUGGUGCCAAUAAAAUAUACCUCUGAAGUUCAUGUCUGAAUCUACAGAACACCUAAUAGAGAAUAAUGAAAAUUAGGUCCCUCGAGGAAUAAAAUUUCCACACGUAUAAAUUGCUGUUUUUUGUCGGUUGUAGUUAUAUCAGUGCUUAUAUUAGCUAACCAUAUUAUUGUAACUACCCACGAAUGCGACUAGCGACUUGCCUUGCUACGUACGGGUAGCAUGACAUAUAAAUUAUAUAUACAUCUAAAUUUUCGUCAAAAAAAUCUCUAUUGAUAAAUUAAAUCCGAGUCUAAAAAAUAUGCGGUGACAGGAAAGAACUACACACAUAGCUCAGACUGAACUACAGAGGUCAGUUCAAGCUUGUAUAAAGCAUACUGUAUACUGCCGAAUACAUAUUAUAUAAAAGCGCAUUUGAUAAAAUUGUAUUUUAUGUUUAUCAAAUAAAUUUCAGAUAUAAUCGCUUUCCAUCCGAUGUAAUUCCAUAUUGUAGACAAUAAUAAAGUAGGUAUGUUUUUAUACAUUUUUAUAAAUUUGACAUAAGGGAAUCCCAAAGUUUUCAAUCUGUUUAAAAGUAAAUAAAAAAUACCCUAAUUCAGUACCCCUCUUUUGGAACACAGUCAAGAGUUAAUAAAAAUGUACUAUACCUACAUUACGUUUGAUCAUUCAAUGACAAAUUAAGGCACUACUCGCGUUGCAAUUACUAAUUAUUCAAUAAAAUAUUGUCCUAAUUGCGUUGCAAAAUAUGGCGAACGAAAUAGUGUGAAACGGCACAUUCCAAUGUCGAUCUAAUGUGGUUUAAAAUAGACGUCUGUUCUUGAUUUUAAUUCCUGCCCAUGUAUUUAUACUUACUUGUAUUUUAAAGAUAAUCAAGUUAU